AUGAACUACAACAGAACAAGAUCCCAGAAAAAACCAUCAACAGCAAGUGGAGGUGUCAAGUCAUUGGGCUUGGCCAUCGCUCUCCCUGUAGCUCUAACCCUCACAGACAUCAUGUGGUUCGGAGAAAACCAGAUAUAUAACGACCUAGACAGACCAUUCUGGAUCCCACCCUUGUGGGCCAUACACCUAACAUGUUUAUCGUUGGCUUUUGUAAUGGGGUUAUCGGCUUGGCUUGUCUGGGCCGAGAGCGGGUUUCACCGCAAACCCAUGGCCAUUAUUAUGUAUUUGGGUCAGCUAGGACUGGGUUUGGCUUGGGACAUGAUUUUUCUCAAAAAUGGCCCAAACCAGAUGGCAUUGGCCAUGAGCUUUGGUCAAUUGAUUACCAUUUUCUUAUGUUCUCAGAUGUUCAGCCGUAUUAAUCCGAUAGCUGGUGACCUAGUGAAGCUUUGUAUGGUCUGGAGCGGGUUCUUAACGUCUGUAAAUCUAUAUUUUGUACUAUAG